CAGCACUCUUAGAGUGGAGGGAGGAGCGACUAUGCUUCAGGAUUGGGAUCGCUCUCUUACCGUUUUCUGCUGUUGCAUCCGGAACGCAUUAAGAAACAUCAGAUAUGAGAAAAUUCUUCUCACCCGAAGAUCACAGCUGCUUCCUAGACACGAGAGAGCUUUAAGGACAGGGAUCGAAUUAGGGAUGAUGACUCUAGCUGGGGUCUUUGUCUUGUUAGCUGUCCUGGGACAGACAAGUGGCCAUUUUGGUCCUAAUAUUGCUAGAGAUGGAAAAGUGACUCAGUCCUCCUUGGGGUGGCAAGGUGUUCCUGAAAGGGCCAUUGAUGGAAAUCGUGCAAGCAACUGGGGAAAGAGAUCCUGUACCCACACAAGCAGACAAACAAAACCAUGGUGGAGACUGGACCUCCUGAAGAAGUAUAAAAUCGACACGGUCACCAUCACCAACAGAAAAGAUUGUUGCCACAAAAGAAUCAAUGGUGCCGAGAUCCGCAUCGGAAACUCCCUCAAUGACAAUGGCAAUGCUAAUCCCAGAUGUGCUGUCAUUUCUUCCAUCGCAGCUGGGACCUCCAAAACCUUUAUGUGUGAUUUCAUGGAAGGCCAAUAUGUGAACAUUGUGAUUCCUGGAAGAAAAGAAUACCUGACAUUGUGUGAGGUGGAAGUCACUGGGAUAGAAUUAAAUGAUUCCAUUGAAAAUCCCUGUGGUUGAGUCUGAACUAAUUCUUCAUAGUCAUGUCUAGAUUGGAUAAGGGGGUUUAUCCAUGUUUCUGCUUCUUUUCCUUCAAUUAAAUAUUUAUAUUUAUGGUCAAUGACCAUUAUAGCAAAGUUUAAUUGUCAAUUUCACACAAUGUUAAGACACUUUCUGCAAGAGAUUUCAUUGCUUUACAGUACAAAGAAUUUAACAUCACUUGCACCCAAUUUACAACAGUUGU